AUGUUUUUCAAAGUCAUUGCUUCUUCGACGAUAUUAGCCGCGUAUGCGCUGGCAGCUCCAGGAAAGGAUAUACAAGAUGGCGCACCCCAUGAGCUGGUAUCCGACCCUUCUAGCCAGCAAGUAACCUCGUCAGAAGCUUUCACGACUGGUGCUGGAAAUUAUGACAAUGGUAACAUCUAUGACGGUACUGGUAAUGCCGGUACUGACCAGUAUAAUUGCUAUUACGGUGGUUGGGAAAACUUUCCUCCUUCAUCGCAAUGGGUCGAGUUUGAUGCCAUGUGGAAUUAUUCCAAGUCUGCAAUGUCAACAUCUUGUUCCGAUCUUGGUGUGGGAUCAUGCUCAGAUGGAGCUGGAGCAUUUGGCGAUGGGGACACCGGUGAACAAAUUGGCUUGAUCUGGAAUGCUAUUCAGCAGGUUGCAGAAGCCUCGUUGGUUGAUCAUCGCUUUAUUCUCGCUACAAUCCUACAAGAAUCUUCUGGAUGUGUCAAUGUGUGCGCAUCGACUAAUCCGGACCCUUCACAGCCAGACAAUCCAGGUCUAAUGCAAUCUGAUGGGGGGGUAACUUUCAUUGGCAAUUCAGCUAGCGAUUCGAAUCAGCAGGCAAGCAUAACGCAGAUGAUUAUUGACGGUACUCAAGGGACGGCUGAUGGCGAUGGCCUGGUACAAUGUAUCAAUCAAUAUGGAAAUAUCUACGAAGCCGCUCGAUGCUAUAACUCAGGAUCAGUGGACAGCUCGAACUUGAACAAUGGUGAAGGAGCCACUGACUCGUACGUGAACGACAUUGCUAAUCGACUGACUGGAUGGUUGUAUGCGAACUCAAACUAUAAUAACUGUUGA